GGGGCUGAAGCUGUAUGAAAGAAAGUUUUACGUUUUGAAGAUAUUGCAAAAGAUAGUUCCUCCUCUCAUCCUGGAAAAUCCUGACAGACCAGUUGGAUACCUUUCAGGCCUUAACCAAGAACUUUAUCUUCUCAUCCCACUGUCUUUGUUACAGUAGAAAGACCUGAGACACCCUUAAGAACUGAGAAUCUGACUAAUUUAAACAGAUGGCUAAUCCCAGUGCUGUGUGCAAUGGACAUCUACAUCAUCACCACCAUCAUCAGAAACAGAAUAACCUCUUAAAAAGUGGAAUAUCUAAGAAAAAUGGAAUCACUAAAGGAAUGAAGAAGAAUGGAGUGUCAAAUGGAACUCUCUACAAAAAAACAUUUAUUGAGCACUUUGAACAGGCACCAAUGUAUGUCGCAGUUUUUACUUUCGUGGGGUUUGCAGUGGGAACAAUAUUUGGCUACCUGCGAGAUUUUAUGAGAGCCUGGGGACUAGAAAAACGUAACAUUGCUGCGGAGAGAGAACAACAAAAAGAUUUUGUGCCACUUUAUCAAGAUUUUGAGAACUUUUACACCAGAAACCUCUAUUUGAGGAUACGGGAUAACUGGAAUCGUCCAAUUUGCAGUGUCCCUGGGCCACAGUUUGACCUCAUGGAGCGCGUGACGGAUGAUUACAACUGGACAUUUAGGUUUACAGGAAGGACUAUCAAGAAUGUAAUCAAUAUGGGUUCUUAUAACUACCUCGGCUUUGCAGAAACAGAUGUUAAUGCCUUGAAAACUGUGACCAUAGAGUUAGAAAAAUAUGGGACAGGAGUCUGCAGUACCAGGCAAGAAAUGGGCACCCUAGACAAACACGUAGAACUAGAGAAACUUGUGGCCACGUUCCUUGGUGUGGAAGAUGCGAUGGUGUUUGGCAUGGGCUUUGCAACUAACUCGAUGAACAUUCCAGCCCUUGUUGGAAAGGGCUGCCUCAUUUUAAGCGAUGAAUUGAACCACACUUCUCUCGUUCUCGGUGCGAGGCUUUCAGGUGCCACUAUUAGAAUCUUCAAGCAUAAUAAUAUGCAGAGCCUCGAGAAGUUGCUGAGAGAUGCAAUAAUAUAUGGACAGCCUCGCACCCACAGAGCAUGGAGAAAAAUUAUCAUCCUCGUGGAGGGCAUUUACAGCAUGGAAGGGUCCAUCGUGCGCCUGCCAGAGAUAGUCUCCUUGAAGAACAAAUACAAAGCCUACCUCUACUUGGACGAAGCUCACAGCAUUGGAGCAGUGGGAGCAACGGGCCGAGGAGUUGUGGAAUACUUCGGAAUGAGUCCCGACGACGUCGACGUGUUAAUGGGAACGUUCACAAAGAGCUUUGGCGCAGCUGGAGGAUACAUAGCUGGCAAAAAGGGCCUUGUGGACUUUUUACGAACUCAUUCUCACAGUGCUGUGUACGCCACGUCUAUGUGUCCCCCCGUAGCAGAGCAAAUCAUCAGGGCAAUGAAAUGUCUCAUGGGACUGGACGGGACAACACAAGGGCUCCAAAGAGUGCGUCAGCUGGAGAAAAACACAAGGUACUUCAGACGAAAACUGCACGAAAUGGGCUUCAUCAUUUAUGGCAAUGAUGAUUCUCCUGUUGUUCCCUUGCUCCUUUAUAUGCCUGGUAAGAUAGGGGCUUUUGCAAGACGCAUGUUAGAAAAAAAUAUCGGGGUGGUCGUGGUUGGGUUUCCAGCUACUCCUAUCACAGAAUCCAGGGCUCGGUUUUGUGUGUCAGCCGCACAUACACGGGAGAUGUUAGACACGGUUUUGAAUGCUCUGGAUGAACUGGGUGAUUUUCUACAUCUGAAAUAUUCCCGGUAUUCCAAGUCAUCUCAUCCUGAACUGUAUGAAGAAUCUAGGCUUGAACUUGAAGAUUAAGUUUUCCACCCAUGAAGAGAACAUUAUGAUGCUAUGAAAGGGCGGAAAACCUGAAAACUAAACAAUACAAAUGCAUUUCUUCCCUUCUAAGGACAAUUUUUAUUUCUCAGUUAAUUGAAAGGAGGGGAAGCUCGGGUGUUGCAUCGUGUUGUAUCAAAUUUCUGUAUUCAAGAGACUGAAAUGUUGAUACAGAUUUGCCUCCCCAGGAGAUCUGUCCUUCUUAAGGUAUUUUUGAUGCAGAGCGAAUGCAUCCAUUGAUCCAGUUGCUUACGUACAGCUUUUGAUAUGGCCCUUUUUUAUGAAGAGGCUUCAGAUAGUCUUAAUUGUGACUGAAAUAAUAAAGUUUAAAGGGUUAAUAGAUUCCAGUGUAAUAUAGCUGAGCUUCAUCAGUGAGACUGACUCUGAUCUGUUAAAGAGCAUAAAUCGAGACACCGGUGUGGACUGCUACAAAG